CGUUUCGUAGCCGAUGUGGGACUAAUCCAACGCCACAUCUUUCCUUCGUGCUUUUUUUUUCCCUCUUCUUUCGCCGCCCCUCUUCCAAAACCUAGGGUUUAGGGGUUUUGGAACCUGCCGUCCUCACGAUCGGAAUUCGAGCAAAAGCCCGCGUAAAGAGGAAGAGAAAUCAUCGUAUAAGUUGUUCUUGCUGUCCGUUCUCUCUUUUACUGGCAAAAUAAGCCCUAUUUUUACUCUGCAAAUUAUUUGAUUCAGAUUUUGGAAUGACGUGGGAGAGAAUGAGGUCGAAUUCUAAUGAUCAUGAUCAGUCUUCGGGUGAGACCGUUCAGUUGCUCGGGACGGAAGUAACUCAAGAUGGUUUGAAUUCCAGUGCAGAUGGAAGCAAUGCGAUUCUUUUGCCUGAAAAGAAAAAGAGCAACUCGAAAGACAAAGGCAAGGCUUCUAAGAAGAAUAAGAACAAGGAAGUUCCAGUUUUGAGCAAAAGCAAACAGAGGAAAUUAAAAAAGUUGGAGGAGGAGAAGCAAAAGAAGCUGCUGCAAGCUAGAAGUAUUAAGAUUCUAGAGAAAUGCAAGAUAUGGGAUGGUGCGUAUUCUCUUCUACAUUCUUCAGGCACUAUUGGUCAAGCUGAGACUAUGAAGGAAAAACGCAGACGAGCUGUCCAACUUUCUAAGGCUGGCAUAGAUGUGCCUGAGGACAUUUCACCAUUUAAGAAGAACGGUCAGAAUGUUUUUGAUGAGAAUGAAGUCACUGGGAAGCUCAAUCACCAAAAAAGCGAUCCAGAAAAUGUUUGUUGUGAUAAUAGUGUUCUGCCUGCAGAAUGUAAGGAAAGAUAUGAUGGCAAACAUAGCAAGUCUGUUGAAAUCCAUCCAACAGCAACGAACAAGAGUCAGGCGGUUGUGGAUAUUGGAACAGAUGUGGUGCCACCGACCAUGGUAGUUCCAGAUAAGGAGAUCAGUACAUGCAGUCUAGAAGAGCAGAAACAUUCAGCAUUCAUUUCGAGUAGUUGUGAUAGAGGACACGAGACUGAUUCAAAGGGAAAAGAGGCAGAUGAUUCAAAAGUAACUUAUCAAAACAUGAAGGUUCCCCCAGACUUCAUGGACCAAGAGCAUGUGAAUGCUCCUAUUGUAGUGCAUGUAUCCAGGCCUUUGGAGGUUGAGGAGAAGAGGAAAGAUCUUCCCAUAAUUAUGAUGGAACAGGAGAUAAUGGAAGCUAUCAAUGAGAAUUCUAUUGUAAUAUUAUGUGGAGAAACAGGAUGCGGUAAAACUACCCAGGUUCCACAGUUCUUAUAUGAAGCUGGCUUUGGGUCAAGUGAUCAUAGUGACAGAAAAGGAAUCAUUGGUGUUACCCAACCACGGCGUGUAGCUGUUCUGGCCACUGCCAAGAGAGUGUCCUUUGAAUUAGGACUCCAUCUUGGAAAAGAGGUUGGUUUUCAAGUUAGGCAUGACAAAAUGAUAGGAGAUAGCUGCUCCAUCAAGUUUAUGACUGAUGGCAUUUUGCUUCGAGAAGUCCAGAGUGAUUUUUUACUAAAGAAAUACUCUGUAAUUAUUCUGGAUGAGGCUCAUGAGAGGAGCUUGAACACGGAUAUACUCAUCGGAAUGCUUUCUCGAAUUAUAAAGCUUCGCCAGAAAUUAUAUGCAGAGCAGCAGGAGAAAAUGCUUUCAGGAGGAAAAAUCAGUCCUGAAAAUAUGAUCACUCAAUUAAAGCUUAUACUUAUGAGUGCUACCUUGCGAGUUGAGGACUUCAUCUCAAACAGGAAAUUAUUUCAUGAACCCCCACCUGUUUUAGAGGUUCCUGUCAGACAAUUCCCUGUGACAGUUCACUUUUCAAAGAUGACACAAGAAGAUUAUUUAGGACAAGCUUAUAAAAAGGUCAUGUCAAUUCACAAGAGACUUCCACCAGGUGGCAUACUUGUAUUUGUCACUGGACAAAGGGAAGUGGAGUUCUUGUGUAAAAAGUUGCAAAGAGCAUCAGAACAAUUAAAAGAAAAAAAUUCUAUGAGGAAGACAGACAACGAAAUCACUGCAAGCUCAGAUCUGGAUAUGAAGGAAAUCAAUGAAGCAUUUGAGAUUGGAAGCAAUUCACUAGACCAACAAACUGACAGGUUUAGCUCCUAUGAGGAGGAUGGAAACAAUCCAGAUAUGCAUUCUGAUUUAUCUGAUGCAGAAUCAGAGAGUGAGCUGGAAGUUGAUAGUGGAGAUGAAGAUUCUGUCAAGUCUGAAGCCCCAGAGAAGACUGGUUUGGUGUUAGAUUUUCUGAAUGAUGUUGAAAGCCUUUCUUCUUUGAAGGCUUCAUUUGAGGCUUUAGCUGGAAAUUUAUCCAACCAAGAUUGCAAAGAGAAACCAAGUCUUCCUGAUGCUCCUAGUUUAGAAAAAAGUAUGGAAGUUGCUACUAGUUCUGCUGGUGCAUUAUAUGUUUUGCCCUUAUAUGCGAUGCUCCCUGCUUCUGCACAGCUCCGUGUAUUUGAAGAGGUUCCUGAAGGAGAUCGGCUGGUUGUUGUUGCUACUAAUGUGGCCGAGACUUCUUUGACCAUCCCAGGCAUAAAAUAUGUGGUUGACACUGGCAAAGAAAAGGUCAAGACCUAUAAUUACACCAAUGGGAUGGCAGCAUUUGAAGUCCAGUGGAUAAGCAAGGCAUCAGCUGCUCAGCGUGCUGGAAGAGCUGGAAGAACUGGACCUGGCCACUGUUACCGCCUCUAUUCAUCUGCUGCCUUUAGUAAAGAUGAUUUGUUUCCUGAUUUUUCCUGUCCUGAGAUAUCCAAGAUUCCUGUAGAUGGUGUUGUCCUCCUCAUGAAGUUCAUGGGCAUCGAUAAGGUUGCAAAUUUCCCGUUUCCAUCACCUCCCGAGACCAAAGCUUUGGUGGAAGCUGAACUUUGCUUAAAGGCUCUUGAGGCACUUGACAGCCAAGGAAGACUUACACCCAUGGGGAGGGCGAUGGCACAGUACCCUAUGAGUCCUCGUCAUUCCCGCAUGCUUCUGACAGUUAUCCAAAUCAUGAGGAAUCAGCAAGGCUAUGCCAGAGCAAAUUUUGUGCUAGGAUAUGCUGUUGCUGCUGCAUCAGCUUUAAGCUUUCAAAAUCCUUUCCUGAUGCAGUUUGGGGAAAACCAUGGGGACAAUGAUAUUGAUCAAGAAAAGUCUGAUACCGAGAAAAUGAAGGACCAGGAGGAAAAGCUGAGGCAGAAAAAGGUAAAAGCCAUGGAGAGAGAGGCUCGUGCAAGAUUUUGUAAUCCCAGUAGUGAUGCUUUAACUAUUGCAUAUGCUUUGCAAAUUUUUGAGCUUGCAGAAAACUCGGUGCAAUUCUGCAAAGAAAACUCGCUUCACUUGAAAACAAUGGAAGAUCUGUCCAAGAUGAGGAAACAGCUGCUACAGUUGAUAUUUUAUCAGAGCAAGUUUUGUGAGGAAUUUGCAUGGAAUCAUGGAACUGCUGAUGAUGUGGAGCUCUCUUGGAGGAUCCAUUCUGAUAAGCAUCCCUUACUAAUGAACGAAGAGGAGCUUUUAGGGCAGUCUAUAUGUGCUGGUUGGGCAGAUAGAGUUGCAAAGCGUGUUCGUACUAUUUCAGAAUCAUCAGAAAAUGAUGGAAGGGCUCGUGCUGUUCGCUAUCAAUCUUGUGCUUUGAAGGAUACAGUGUUUCUCCACCGCUGGUCUUCUGUUUCUCGAUCAGCACCAGAGUUUCUAGUUUACACUGAACUUCUUCAAACAAAGAGGCCAUAUAUGCAUGGAGUGACCAGUGUAAAGUCAGAUUGGCUUGUCAAGUAUGCUAUCUCUCUUUGCACCUUCUCUGCACCACUUACAGACCCGAAACCUUAUUACGAGCCUCUAAGUGACCAAGUCUUCUGCUGGGUCAGCCCUACUUUUGGGCGGCAUAAUUGGCAGCUCCCAUUGCAUAGAUUACCUAUCAAGAAUGAUAUCCUUCGUGCGUCCGUAUUUGCUUGUGCUUUGCUUGAAGGACAAGUAUUGCCAUGCCUAGGAUCCUUUCAGAAGUUCUUGGCUGCACCACCAUCUUGCUUAUUGAGGCCUGAAGCAUUGGGGCAAAGAAGGGUUGGGGAUCUUCUCAGCAGGUUAAAGAUUGGGUCAAGAAUCAUUGAUAGCCGAGCUAUGCUGAGAGAUGCUUGGAGUCAAGAUCCUCAGUUUUUGCAUACCGAGAUUAAACGCUGGUUCCAGGAGAGAUUUCAUUAUCAGUUUGGAGAUGUCUGGGAACAAAUGCACCAUGAGGUUCUUCUUGAGGGCUGUGAACUUUUUCCUAAAAGGGCAAAGAAAGGAAGGAAAAAGGUAAAAUGAUAUGGAAUUCCGUGAAAUGUGGAAUAAAUGCCACAUUUUUUGGUGCAGCUAUUAAUCUUCCACAAUCUUGUGGGCUGUUGGGAAAGUCCAUGGCAUUCGCAGGCCAAGGCAGAAACAGCUGUCACAAGGUAUGAGGUUGAUACCUCCAGUUAAAGGAUUACCAUCAGGCUCGAUCAAAUCGGUGUAUUCUCUUUGAACUUGCAUUCCGCCAAACUUGCAUCCUGUUGAGGGGUCAUCUUGCAUGCGGUUCCUCCUUGUUCUGGGUAUGCACCAAUCUCUUAAUUUACCUAUAUUGAAUUGGUACCACAAACAGGUAUGAACCCAUAGGCUUCAAUCUAUGAGUUCUCUGGGCUGUCUGGAUUGGCCAGCCAAAAUCUGAAGGUGCUCGAGGAUGAACUUACAUUUUUUAUGAAGUUCGCGUACUGUAAUGUUUUUAACCGACAUUUGCUUUUAUUUAUGGUAUUCUUUACCGAAAAAAUUGUAUAGCGAUCUGGCCUCUAGAGGCUUUACUUGUGUUUCCUUUACGGGAGUGGUGUCUUGAUGUAACUGUGGCCAGAUGACAAAAUGUACAAUAGAAGAGGGGAAGCAGUAGGCAUCACUACACUAUAGCAAAAUGAACACACAUUUAUUUAUCUGUUUUCAUUUCCAUA